AUGCUCAAAGCAGAGGGGGUUUUCAGGAAUUCCAGUAACGAUGAUCCGAAGCAACAUCUUAGAAACUUCUUGGGUGUGUGUGCGAUGCACAAGCAAAACAACGUCACUGCUGAUGCCUUAAGGUUGAGGUGUUUCAAGUACUCACUAGCUGGAGACGCAAGGAAAUGGCUUCAGAAUUUGCCACCAAACUCUAUUCAUUCUUGGCCCGAACUUGUCCGAGCAUUCCUAGCUAAAUGGUUCCCGCAAAGUAAGAAAUCUGAGCUCCGGGAUAAAAUCUUCUUUUUCAAGCAAGUACCGGGAGAACAUCUACAUGAGGCAUGGGAUCGGUUCAAAUUAUAUUUGGUUAGGUCUCCCAAUCAUGGUUUUUUGGAUUCCAUCUUGUUGGAAAAAUUCUACAUGGGCUUAGAUCCGAUGAACCAAUCUAUAUCCAAGAAUGCAGCUGACGGAUCUUUUAUGGACAAGACAUUCACAUGGGUCACACAGAUCCUUGACAAAAUGGCACAACAUAAUCAAGCUUGGCACUCCGAGGAUACCAUAGGUGGAAUUGCAUAUGGUUCUCCCUCCUUGACCAACCUAAUUAAGGAGAAUCAAGAGAGAGAUCAAUUAAUCGCGGGGCUUGCCACAAAUUUCAAUGUGUUGAUAAAAAUGUUCACGGAAAGUCAAACAAAAAAGGUGAAUAUGGUGCAGGAUGUGCAAGCUAUAUCAAAUGAAGAUUUUGAGGAAGUAAACUACAUUAACAACCCUCAAGGAGGGUAUCAAAGACAACAAUACCAAGGUCAAGGACAACAAAAUCAAUGGAGGCCAAAUCCGCAAGGGCAAGGCCACCAACAAUGGCGAAAUGACCAAGGUGGCUCAAACCAAGGAAGUUGGAACAACAACAACUUCUCAAACCGGAGUUCAAACCCUUAUGUUCCUCCAAAGGGUCAAUAUUCAAAUCAAGGUUCCUCAAGUAAAUCUAAGUUGGAAGGUAUGCUUGAACGGGUAUUGCAAAAUCAAGAAAAAUCUGACACUUCUAUGACGAACAUGACCGAGCUUGUUGGCUCUCAUACCGCAUCCAUUCAAAAGUUGGAGAUGCAAAUGAGAGACCUCUCUAGGGAACAAAAUCCAAAGCAAAAGGGAACAUUCCCUAGUGACACAAUUGCGAACCCAAGGGGUAGUGGGAGUGGCCCAACUUCUCAUGUCAUGGAAAUUACUACUCGGAGUGGGAAGGUACUACGAGGAGAGGGUGAACAAGUGGUUGAGGUAGAAGAGUCCGAAAAAGGGGUUGAGGUUGAAGAGCCAAGUGUUGUCGAAGUUGAGAAGAUUCUGGAAGAUUUGCAAGUGCAAAAAGAGAACCGGGAAGAGGUAAAGGAAAAGGUAAAAGAGACACCAAAAACUCUUCCACCUAUUCCUAGACCUCCUCCUCCAUUCCCUCAAAGACUCGCUAGGAAGGUUGAUGAUAGAAAACUCGAAAAAUUCUAUGAAGUUCUCAAGAAAUUAUCGGUGAAUAUUCCAUUUGUGGAAGCAUUUCAAGAGAUACCAGGUUUUGCUAAAUAUUUGAAAGAUUUGAUCACCAAGAACAGAACCACCAAGAAUGAAGUGGUGAACGUGACUCACCGGAUUAGUUCCAUCAUUGCAACAUCCACCAUUCAAAAGAAAGAAGAUCCGGGAGCUUUCACCAUUCCAUGUACUAUUGGGGAACGUGAUUUUGCAAGAGCCGUUUGUGAUAAUGGGGCUAGCAUCAACUUAAUGCCUCUUGUCAUCUAUAAGCAAGCGGGGUUAGGUAUGCCAAGGCCCACAAGUAUGAGAUUGCAAAUGGCCGAUCGUUCCAUCAAACGACCGGUGGGAAUUGUUGAUGAUGUACUUGUGAAGGUGGGAAAGUUUCAUUUACCCGCCGAUUUUGUAAUCCUUGAUUGUGCGGUUGACAAAGAGAUCCCUAUCAUUUUGGGAGACCAUUCCUUGCCACGGGAAGAGCACUAA